ACAAUGGUGUGUCACUAAACGACGUGCUGUUAACUGGACCCGACCUCAACAACACCCUUAUAGGGGUACUCCUCAGGUUUCGCAAAGAAGCUGUAGCCAUAACAGCAGACAUUCAGCAGAUGUACCACUGUUUCUUAGUCAGAGAAGAAGACCGCAAUUAUCUCAGGUUUUUAUGGUUCAGAAACAACAACUCAUCCGAAGACAUCAUGGAAUACAGACUGAGGGUCCAUGUCUUUGGAAAUUGUCCCUCUCCCGCAGUGACCAUCUACUGUUUAAGACAGUCAGUGAAAAAUGCAGAGCCCGUUGUAAAGCAGUUUGUCAACCGUGACUUUUAUGUAGAUGACGGGCUAACGUCACUUCCCUCCGUCGAAGCUGCAGUGAAGCUGCUCAAGAGGACGCAAGAGGUUCUGUCAGACUCAAACUUGAGGCUUCACAAAAUCGCCUCAAAUAAAGGAGAAGUUAUGAACGCAUUCCCAUCUCAGGACCAUGCCAUCAACUUAAAGGACCUGGACUUCACUUCAGAUAUCUUGCCCAUGCAACAUAGUCUGGGACUUAACUGGGAUCUAAUGUCAGACACAUUUACCUUUCAAGUAGCUGAUGAGCAAAAGCCUUUCACCCGCAGAGGUGUCUUGUCAACUGUCAACAGCAUCUAUAAUCCCCUAGGAUUUCUUGCCCCUGUCACCAUACAAGGCAAACUGAUCCUGCGUGAGCUCAUGGAGAACAACGGAGAUUGGGAUGCACCUCUUCCUCAAGAAAUGGAAGAGACAUGGUCAACGUGGUGAUGCUCAUUGAAAGAUCUCAGCAAUCUCCAGAUCCCAAGAGUUUACACACAGGCCUCUCCUACAGCGGUGUCAAAAAGAGAGAUAGACAUCUUUUGUGACGCUUCCACAAAGGCAAUUGCAGCAGUUGCAUACUUAAAACUAACAGAGAAAAAUGGAACCAACCACGUGGGCUUUCUCAUGGGAAAAGCCAAGCUUACACCCUUGUCAGAACAAACUGUCCCUAGACUUGAGCUUUGUUCUGCAGUAUCAGCGGUGGCGCUUGCCGAGCUCAUCACCUCAGAGAUGGACAUGGAGGUUGACAUCACUUUCUACAGCGACAGCAAGGUCUUUCUUGGUGCCAUCAUCAAUGCCAGACCUCUUGUACCAGUGUCCACCGACCCAGAUGACCCGCAAAUACUCUCACCAGCAACACUCCUCACACAAAAGUUUUACCCUUUUCAGGGUCAAUAAACCUGUGGACAAGAAGACGUUUUUCAGAGUGUUUGAUCAAGAAAAGGUGUUAGGGUAAAGCCAAGAUAUUUCUACAUAUCGAAGGCGGCACAGCGCGUGACGUCACAAAAGCAACGGAAGUGGUUGGACCCCAUCGGACCCGAUAGAAAAGCCUCUUGUUUUCUUCGACAAAAUUCCACAGUAUUCUGGACAUCUGUGUUGGUGAAUCUUUUGCAAUUUGUUUAAUGAACAAUGGAGGCUGCAAAGAAGAACGUUGUAGGUGGGAUCGAUCGGUGUCUUAGCGGCUAAGUACAAUACUUACAGCAACACAACAAGGACUACUUACUACGCCUAGCCGAUGCUUGCCGCCAUGAAUGAUGAAGUCCUUCGUCGCGCCGUUGAUCACUGGAAUGCAGGUGAGCACGGCUGUUGAUGGGAAGAUGAGGGCUGGCUGGCGUAGGUGGAGCGCUAAUGUUUUAUCAUAGUUCUGUGAGGUCCGGUUGCUAAGUUGCUAAAUUAGCCUUAGCGUCGUUAGCAACAGCAUUUUUAAGCCUUACCAGGCUGAGAAUUUUUAACCGUGUAGUUACAUGUACAUGGUUUAAUAGUAUUGUUGGUCUUCUGUCUAUCCUUCCAGUCAGGGGUUUAUUUAUUUUGUUUCUAUCUUCAUUUGAGAA